AUGACUAGAUGUGUUGAACAUGAUAAAAAACUUGAUAUAUUAUGUUCAGAUUGUAAUGUUGUAAUAUGUUAUCGUUGUCUCAUGACAAAUCAUAAUCAGCAUCGUACACUUCACACAGAUGAUAUCAAACAAUCACUUUUAAAUAUAGAUUAUUCUGUUGUUGUAUAUGAUGACAGUAGUAAUCAUGAUCUAGAUGAAGAUCAAUUAGAAAAUAAUAAUAGUAUUACAGAUAAUGAUGAAACGAAUAAUAAUAGCAUUAGUAAAGAUAAUAAUAGUAAUAAAAAUAAUGACAAAGAUAAUUCAUUGAUUUCAAAUAGAUCAAACAAUAACAGCAAUAACAAUAUAAUUCAAGAUAGAAUUGAAUGGUUAUGGAAUAAAGCUAACGAUUCAGCUAAUCAUAUUAGGAAACUUAAUGAAAUGGAGAAUGGAAUAAGCGAUCAUUUCAGACAAUAUUAUGAAAUGUUAAUGAAAGAAGAAAGUAAAUUGAAACAACCAAUCAUUGAUGAACUCGAUCAAACCAAACAACUACUCGAUAAACUAAUCAAAGAAAUACAAUCAUUAUACAAUAUCAUUCAAUCAAUCACUCCAACUCUUAAACCUGAAGAACAUAACAAUGAUAAUAAUAAUAAUAACAAUAAUGAAUAUGAUAUUCUUUCAGAUGCAACAAUCAAUUAUUCAAUUCCCACAUUGAUUGAAUCAAUUAAACAAUCAACAACAUUAGAACAAUUCAUUCAUAAUAAUAAAAUCAUUCGUAAUCAUUUUAAACAACACAACACUGAUAUCAAUCAAAUAUUAAAUAUGAAUAGUAAAUCUAUUUCAGUUUCAAAGUCUUGCCAUAAUCAGAGUUAUUUAGAUGGAAUAAGAUAUUUUAUUCCAAGAUCUCUUUUUAUCUAUUUUGAUCGAAAGGAUAACAAAAACAAUAGCUUACAUAAUAAUACAUACUUUAUCACUCAGGAUGAAUCAUUAUCAUUAUACACAUGGGAUUUCAAAUCAGGCAAUCAAAUGAAACUGAUGGAGAAAGAAUCAAAAGAAUUGGUUGAACAAUCUAAAGGUUCUGUACAGUCAACUUCUUUCAUUGGAUCAUCAAACACCACCAUCUAUGUAUUCCUCAGAGACGAAUUAAUUGCUUAUUCAACCAUUAGCAACUCAUUCAGUAAAGAAAAUUUUUAUGGUUUUUUCAAUUUCAUUAAUCAACCUGUAACUUGUUACAAAGAACCAUUCUACAUCUACUUCUAUGGUAAGGAAAGAACCAACAUUGACGGAGUUACCAGGGGUGGAAAUAACAUUAUUGUAAGAUACAAUACGAUGACACAAACAUUUGAAAGAUUGUUUGUUGACAAAUACUCUGAAGAAAGAACACCAUUGGCAUUGUUUUUCAGAUUUAACGUCUUAUUCUCGAUGUAUUAUGAUGCAUUAUCAAAGGAUAUUGUCUUUGUUGAACACAAGUCAGAUACAAACGAAGUCGUUGCUGCCUAUCUGAUUAUCAAAAACAUCAUACCAACAUUCUUCACCUAUUGCUCUGUUAAUUUAGGCACAUCGUAUCUUUAUUAUGGUCGCAAAAGCUCUGACUAUUUCCUAAAGUUGGACAAUUUUGGAACCAAACCAAAAAUCACCGAUAAACUAGCAACCAUUGAAGGACGUGCAAAAGUUAAGUCUCCCAACAACCAAGUUUUAGUUUUGACACCAAUGGUUCACAAUGAUAAAAUGUUGUAUCUUUACACCAAAGAUAAAGCCUAUGUCUAUUCAAUCAAAGGCAACCAAUGGCAACACUCUCAUCUUCAGAUACCGAAUAUUCAACAUAUACUAAAAGUCAAAGAAAUAUAA